UGGGUGGGAUUGUGGAGGGAGGGGUCGAAUUGUCCCCUUUGCUCUCAGUCCUUAAAACCCCUGGUUGGGGGUUAUCUACCUCCGCAUGGCCGGACACCUGGCUCCUGAAUAUUUCUCGCCACCCCCCGGCGGUGGCGGGGCCGGGGGUUCAGAACCGACGUGGAACUGGCCGGGCUUUCAAGGCCCACCUGGUGGGGCUGGAACAGGGCCGGGGCCCGACGGGUGGGGGAUGGCCCCGUACCACCCCAUGUAUGAUAUUUGGGGAGGGGGUGUCUACUGUGAGCCUCAGCCCAAUGUGGGAGUGAUGGCUCAACCUGCUCAAGAGAUCGCAGUCCCCGACGGCGAUACAGGACCCGGGGUAGAGAGCCCUUCCGAGGGCAGCUCCCCAGAACCCCGAGCCACUCCGCGAGUCACCAAGAUUGAGCCGGCGGAGAGCGGAGACGAGCAGCCACAAGAGAACCCUUCCCCGGAGGAGCUGGAGCAAUUUGCCAAGGAACUAAAGCGGAAGAGGAUCACUCUGGGUUAUACCCAGGCUGAUGUGGGCAUCACCUUGGGUGCUCUCUUUGGCAAGGUUUUUAGCCAGACCACCAUCUGUCGAUUUGAGGCACUACAACUCAGCUUCAAGAACAUGUGCAAGCUAAGACCUCUACUCCAGAAAUGGCUGGAAGCAGCUGAUGACAACGACCACCUUCAGGAGCUGUGUAAGGCUGAGACAGUUCUUCAACAAGCCAGAAAGAGGAAGCGUACAAGCAUUGAGAACGGAGUUCGGGGAAACUUGGAGACCAUGUUUCUCCAGUGCCCGAAGCCCACACUUCAGCAGAUCAGCAAUAUUGCCGAGGAGCUGGGUCUUGAGAAAGAUGUUGUCCGGGUUUGGUUCUGUAACCGGCGUCAGAAGGGCAAACGGAGCAACGGCAACUCACCCCGGGAGGAUUUUGAGGCAGCUGGCUCUUUCCCUGGGGGACCUGUGCCUUUUCCCCUAGUGCCAGGUCCUCCCUUCAGUCAUCCCAGUUAUGGGGGCCCUCAUUUCACCACUCUUUAUUCCCCGGCCCCCUUCACAGAGGGGGAUGCCUUCUCCCCUGUCCCUGUUACCCCUCUGGGCUCUACUAUGCAUUCAAGCUGAAGGGCUACCGCCCAUCCUUGGGCAGAGGAGAUGAGAGAAAUAGAGAGAUGAGGAAGGUCUGGGAGUUGGUGGAUUGAGCUCUCCCUAUAUCCUGGGAGCAGUUGGGAAUAGGGAAAGUUGAGAUCAGUAUUUCAGAGAUUAAUAAACUUUUUUUUUUUUGGAGGGGAAUAGGUGGGAGGGAAGUUGGGAAGUUUGUUGCUUGUUUGUUCUGCAUCUCUUUCAUUGCCCAACUCUUAAAUAAAGUAAUCUGAAGCAAGUCUAAUCGGAUGUGAAAGCCCUUC